AUGUUUCCCACGUAUGCAGAUCUGGUGAAGGAGAGGAAAGGUUUGGCAUCUGCAAUAGUUCGAGAAAUAAGAGGGGAAGGCCCUACUUUGGACCUGGGUAAGAAGGUCAGUAUCCCGCGUGAUUUAAUGAUGGAAGAGCUCACAUUACAACACAACCGUGGCUCUUGUAUGUACUUGGAGCGCCAGAAGCGUGUUCAGAGGUAUACAUUUGAAUACCCAUCAGAUCGGAUUCAUCCAGGUAGCAAUGCACACGCCUUGAACGCUCAUCAGACAGCUGUCAAUGGCCUCUCUGGCUCAGCAGGAGUUGAUGGGAAAGAGAACUUCCGCUCAGAGAUACACAUAGUCCCUGGAGAAAAUCGGACUCCACCAAACAUCCCUGAGAAAUCUGCCAAGGUCUUGCAGAUGAAGAUGCAGUUGAAUCCAGACAUGAUUGCUUCAGGUUACUCUGGACCUUUAAAGGGGAUGCCAUAUGAGAAGUUCAACAACACAGCCACCCCUUAUUAUUGCCCUUGGAUUGGGGGACACUUAGUGGAGCAUGUCAUACCUACCGAAGAAUCAUUACCACCACCUCCGCAAACACCCAUAAAUGUCAAACACCGCUCACAUAACAGAGCACCAUUACCCUUUGGAAGUCUAUCUGUAGGUGGUGGAGUAGAUCCCUAUAGUUUUGAGGAGAUUCAAGCGGAAAUUGAAGAAUCACCCAUUGGACAACUUAUGUUCCUUAGACCCAGCUUCAACAGGGCACCUCGGGGGUGGGCAACAACCUAUGUACCUGAAUCAGGAGACUUGUAG